AUGGCUUCGGCGCCGGCAUCCUCUCCGUCCCCGUCCGCCAUCCCACAGACCCUCUGGGAUCUGCAGGUUCCAGUCCUCGUGACCCAUACGGGCGCGCCUAAUGCGCCCUUUGUCGCAUCGGUGCCGCGCUUCAGUUACCUAGCCCUGCUGCUGCCGCGCCUGUCCGCUUACUUCGGCUUGCCGUGCUCCAGUUUCCAUCACGAAGACGUACUACUCCGCAAUCUUGCCGUCGGCUUGCUCGUCGACCUGUACCAGCCCACCUUGCCGUGGCGUCUCACCGUUGCCGAUGGCCUAAGCUGGGAUAUUGGAGAUACUUUUCUAAAUAGCGCCAAAGAGGCAAGUUCUUGUUUUCCGCAUUCGCCUUCGUACGCCUUCGCUGAUUUCAUACGCAACGGCAAUGCGCACCAAAUCAUGUCCUUAUCCAAGGACCACACCACCGCCCUAUGGAACGCGGUGCAAGAUAAUGACUACGCGUCCUUCGCCAAAGUCAACGCACGCCUCCUCAACACCUCGCGCGGUCUGCGUAACGUGCCUAUGCGCGUGUACAUCCCACAGUCCACCGACGACCCGGCCGCCGACAGCCAAGCCGCGUCGUUUAAAGUCGUGCAGUCGCUCGUACAGUCGCUCGUACAGCCGCGCGUCAGCGAGCGCCAUCCCCGGACCCUCGGCGCCGCUCUUCGGAGCCUACUCCCCAGCCUGUUCCCCAGCAGCCGGGACCCCGUGCUCGCGGACGCGGUCUUACACGGCGCCCACGUGCCCUUCGGCGCUCCGCUCGAGGAGCUCAUGCGCGAGGCGGCGUAUCCGGAUGGGUGGUUGUGCCUUGUCGUUAAGCCGUUGGACGUGUAG